UGGAGGGGUAAAAGGAUGACAGGAAAGGUGAUGACAUCACCAGAGGAAGUCGCGCUGACUCUGGCGACGAUCUGGAUAAAUAACAGAGGAGGACGCCAUGUCCAGCAGAACACCAGAGGAAGAUCACCUGCAAACAGAAACUCCAGCAGAGGACACAGAUCAGCUCUGAACUUCAGGAGAGAAGAACCAUCAAACCGCCAGAUUACAGAGCAUCACCUGAACCUCCAGCCGAGCCCGAGGACCCCGAGGACGACUGGAACAUCUUACAAAAAUCCAGAUCUGAAGACGAACCAAAAAAGGACAACUCAAAGCACAAUCAGCAUGUUUUCGACAUCGAGCUCCUCCAAAUUGACGGUUGUCUAUGUGGCAGCGGCGUUGAUGAUGAUGAUGACCAUGAUGACAGAGGGGGCAGCUGUGACCAAACAUGCAGGGAAGACCCACAGGAAGUUGUCUGGCAGCGUAUCGUUGGAAACCGUCCCCCUGCAGCUCGACCACAACACGUUCUCCCGUAUCAAAAACAUCAGGCCGCUGCACAACGCCUCCAUCUCCCCGUGGACGUACAACAUCUCCCGCGAUGACUCUCUGUACCCACCGGUGCUCUCCGAGGCUCGCUGUUUGCUGCAGGGAUGUCUGGACUCUGAGGGCCAGGAGGACCUGGGCCUGGAGUCCAGACCCAUAAUGCACCAGGUGCUGCUGCUGCGCCGGGUCAGAUCAGCAGGGGUGGAGUCAGGAUCGGAUGACAGCUACCACUUCCGUCUGGAGUCACGCCUCAUCGCUGUGGGCUGCACCUGCGUCCGCCCAAUCAUAAAACACCAACAAUGAAGACCAGCAGAGAUCGGACCAGCUGCUGGAUCAGUGUGACACAAAAAGCAAGUUCUGUACGGAAAAAAAUUACUGCCAUAAAAAAGGAACCAUUUUUUAAAAAAGUGUACUUUUGACUAAAAGUAUGAAAGCUCCAAGAGGACAUGCUUCCCUACAUUUUAUUUAACUUUUAUUCACCUUUUAUUUGCUGUGAUAAUGAGUACCUUUCAGCUAUUUUCCUGAGAUCUCAACUUCUUUAUCAGGUGAUCCAAGUUAUCCAAGAUUCCAUAAUAACGCUGGUUUUCCUGCAAUAACUAAUUAAUUUCAUUCAGGACCAGAAUCUAAAGUUAGAAGGAGGACAUACUGGCUGCUGCAUUGUUGUCAGAGAAGCCAGCACUUCAACAUAGCAUGUUUCCUUAAUGUCUGAUUAUAUAGUAAGGUCACUUUAUAAUUUCACUCACUAGAUAUCCGACUGAUUGGUCCUUUAAGAUCUAAAAAAGAAAAUCAGGAAUACAGAGUAAAAUAAAAAUGUAUGCAGCAUGUACACUUAGGGCUUCUGUAUAAAAAGUCCAAGUUAUGAUUUAAUAGUCUUAUGAGUUAAAUGUCAAAAUGAAGUAAUAAGAUAUAAAGUAAUGACUACAUUUGAGUGAAAGCUUUCGGGUAACUAAAUCUUUAACCGCUUUUUAGAUAAAAUGGUUCAAUAGUUUUGAAGGUGUUUCUACGAUAAGAUUUUAUGAUUUAGGAGAGUAUAACAAUGAAUCAUCUGCAUAGAAACAAACUAACCCUAGGUGUAGAUGUUCGUAUGAUUUUGGCUAAAAGUUACAGAACAGAUAUUUUUGUGGCACGUUGCUUUGCUAUGUGCUGGAUUUAAUUCAGAGUCUUUUUUGGUAUUAAAAUUUUAUUUUUGUUUUUU